GAAAGGCGGUGGUGAUGUCAGACAUGCCCGAGCGCUAACUGUCGAGGAGUCGCGAUUCGACGCGUUGGCAAGGCAUGUCGGCCAACAACACGCAAUCCCCUUAACCACACGCCAUGGCCUUUACAGCGCUCAACAACAAGCCAUCGGCACCCAUAGUACCCGUGCAAACUCCGCCUGCGCCUGCGCCUGCGCCUGUACCCGCGCCAGCUGCCCCGACUCUCGCACCGCAUCCACAGGAAAUUGAUGUCGCUUUCGCUAGCAACCAUGAGCUGCGGAAGCGCGUACACGCCGCGAUAGACCAGAACCCCGCGCAAAGUACUCUUUUCCGCGACAUUUCGACUUACAUUCUUAAUCAAACUUCGCAACCUGCUGCCGAGCCAGCAACAAAGAAACGCAAGAUCGAAGAGAGCAACCCCCCGCAGAACGGCGCAUCAGCGUCAGGAGGUAGUCUCACAAGUACUGCGACGAAAGCAUUCAAGACAUACCCAGCCGUCAGCGUCGCCAUACCCCAGCGAAAGAAGUUCACUCUCGAACUGCUCGACAAGAAGGAUGGCGGCAUAAGAGCCAUAGGCGCCAAUGGCAACGUCGAAUUUGCCAUUGCGUGGAAAGACGUCGACCAGGUCUUCUGUUUGCCUAUACCCGAGAAGGCCAAGAAGCAGCACCAUUUCAUCGUCAUACCACUACACGGCGAUGGAGUGGCGCCCGUGCCAGACGAAUUAAAGGCAUCACCACCAGAGCCCAUAGUAUGGACGUUCGAGGAGGCGACAGGCAAGAACAUAGUCGAAGGCGAAGAUCCAGGACCAGGACCGAUGGCUGAGGCGAUUCAUCAUUGCCUGAUACAAGCUGGGACAGGAAAAGAAGUUGUCUUCCCAGAUGCCGACGAAUUCGCCAGCGCCGUACCAGAAAGUCACAGGAAGGGUGAGAAGGCAUACCACGUCAAGGCACAUAGGGGAAGCAAGGAAGGCUACCUGUUCUUCACCUCGGUAGGUAUCCUCUACGGCUUCAAGAAGCCUCUCGCAUUCUUCGACUUCGCCGCUAUAAACAGCAUAUCCUACACCGCCGUCCUGCGCAACACCUUCAACAUCGUCUUCACCACACCAACAGGCGACAUCGAAUUUGGCAUGCUCGAUCAACAAGACUUUGCCGGCAUAAAUGAAUACGUCCAGAAACACGGACUGCAGGAUGCUAGUCUGGCUGCGGACAGACGCGCAAAGAAGCUUAACGUAAACAAGGUGGGCGGCAAGAAGGAGAACGGAGCGGCAGUAGAGGAGGCUGCUGGUGAGGAAGAGGAGAGCGAGCUGCAGAAGGCCGAGAGGGAGUUACAGGACCAGGAAGACGAUGAAGAAGAGGACGAUGACUUUGAUCCGGGAAGUGAGGGCGAGAGUGAGGGUUCAGGCUCUGACAGCGAAGACGAAGAUGGCGAGGGGGGAGGCUAUGAGGAGGGCGACACAGCCGAAGUUGAGUAUGAUGAGGCUGGUGGCGAUGAUGAUGUUGAUGAGAUGGAACACUAGUUAUGCUUCAUGUAUGAGCACACGUGCGAGCGAGAUAUCGCACUCUGCCAGGUUCUAUAUGAGCUCCUAAUCAUACACAGCAUCCUCCAAACUAAAGUGCAUGC